AUGAUGAAUAACUGCGCUUGUCCACCAUCCAAGACCAAUUGCUGCAAGAGUGAACAGUCGUGCGACUGCCGCCCUGUGCCUGCGAGCUGUGUCUGUCCAUCGGACAAGAUAGACUGCUGCCAGGACGACAAUGAAUGCUAUUGCGUGCCAUCCACGAGCAAAUGCCCUUAUCCUGCACAAAUGAAUGCUUGCUGCAAGGACAAAGACGGUAAGAGUUGCCGUCUAGUCGUCUGCUGCCAGGACGAAGAUGGCAAGAGCUGCCGACCGGAGGACUGCUGCAAGGACAAGAAUGGCAAGAGCUGCCGCCUCGUCGUCUGCUGCCAGGGCGAAGAUGGCAAGAGUUGCCUUCCAUCGGAUUGCUGCAAGGACAAGAAUGGCAAGAGCUGCCGCCUCGUCGUAUGCUGCCAGGAUGAGAGCGGUAAGAGUUGCCGCCCAGAGGACUGCUGCAAAGACAAGAAUGGCAAGAGUUGCCGUCUAGUCGUAUGUUGCCAAGACGAAGAUGGCAAGAGCUGCCGCCCAGAGGACUGCUGCAAGGACAAGGACGGUAAGAGCUGCCGUCUAGUCGUCUGCUGCCAGGACGAAGAUGGCAAGAGUUGCCUUCCAUCGGAUUGCUGUAAGGACAAGGACGGUAAGAGCUGCCGCCUUGUCGUCUGCUGCCAAGACGAAGAUGGCAAGAUCUGCCGACCGGAGGACUGCUGCAAGGACAAGGACGGUAAGAGCUGCCGCCUUGUCGUCUGCUGCCAAGACGAAGAUGGCAAGAGCUGCCGACCGGAGGACUGCUGCAAGGACAAGAAUGGCAAGAGCUGCCGCCUCGUCGUAUGCUGCCAGGAUGAGAGCGGUAAGAGCUGCCUUCCAGCGGAUUGCUGCAAGGACAAGGACGGUAAGAGCUGCCGCCUCGUCGUAUGCUGCCAGGAUGAGAGCGGUAAGAGUUGCCGCCCAGAGGACUGCUGCAAAGACAAGAAUGGCAAGAGUUGCCGUCUAGUCGUAUGUUGCCAAGACGAAGAUGGCAAGAGCUGCCGCCCAGAGGACUGCUGUAAGGACAAGGACGGUAAGAGCUGCCGCCUCGUCGUCUGCUGCCAGGGCGAAGAUGGCAAGAGCUGCCGACCGGAGGACUGCUGCAAGGACAAGGACGGUAAGAGCUGCCGCCUUGUCGUCUGCUGCCAAGACGAAGAUGGCAAGAUCUGCCGACCGGAGGACUGCUGCAAGGACAAGAAUGGCAAGAGCUGCCGCCUCGUCGUCUGCUGCCAGGGCGAAGAUGGCAAGAGUUGCCUUCCAUCGGAUUGCUGCAAGGACAAGAAUGGCAAGAGCUGCCGCCUCGUCGUAUGCUGCCAGGAUGAGAGCGGUAAGAGCUGCCGCCCAGAGGACUGCUGCAAGGACAAGGACGGUAAGAGCUGCCGCCUCGUCGUAUGCUGCCAGGAUGAGAGCGGUAAGAGCUGCGAUCCUGCGGGCUGUUGCUAA